AUGGCAUUCCCCGAUUCAUCCCAGCAGGGAAUGGCUGACGCGCAGUCGGAUGCGAUUCAGAACAAUUCGGAUCUAUUGGAUGGAGCUGCGGACUUCGAUCACGACGUCGAUUCUUCACUUCUUGCGGAUCAUGGGAUCGAAGGAUCAGAUACGAUUGGGGAAGGGAAACACAAUGCGAAAGCUGUUCUUGCAGCAUCCGGCGUGUCACUACCCAAAUCAGUAUCGGGCCAGGAUGCUUCCAAUAUGGACACUUCACCAGGCUCACAGAAUGGCAGUGCCAACGGUGCCGCGCCUGGCAAAAAACGAUCGCGAGAUGGGGCCUUUAUUCCACCCUCUUCCCCUGGCAACGCGUUGCCUGUUCGUGUUCGAGAGACCCCAAUGGAGAAGAUUCUGCUGGAUGAAUAUGUCAAUAGAGAAUUCCAGCAUUCCGCUCUGACGGCAUGGCAAAACCCGAGUCAGCAGCUCCUGCAAGAAAAGCGCGCCGAACGUGAUUACUAUCUUGCCUUACGACGGGAAAAUCAUACGAACCCGGCCGCUCUUUACGGCGUUGGCUACGAAGGUUUUGGGAAUGCUCGUACCGACUUGCGCAACCAACAUCCACAGCUGCUAUAUCCCGCCCAUCGGCGCCGCCCCGGAAAUCGGAAAACACGGGAACUACGGGUCUCGCGAAAGGAUAUGAAGACACAGAGCGAGCAGCUUGAACAUCUGGUACCGAUUAGGUUGGAUAUCGAUUGGGAAAAGGUGAAGAUUCGUGAUACCUUUACAUGGAAUCUUCAUGACCGAGUCGUGUCCCCUGACUUGUUCGCGGAAAAACUCGUGGAGGACCUAGGCUUGCCUUUGGAGUCGUGUGGCCCGCUGGUACGAAUGAUCUCUCAGAGUAUCCAGGAGCAAAUUUGUGAUUUCUACCCCCAUGUUCACAUCGAAGAGGAAGCUCUCGAUCCUCACCUUCCCUAUAGCGCUUAUAAAAACGAUGAAUUGCGCAUUGUGGUCAAAUUGAACAUUACCAUCGGCCAACAUACCCUGGUUGACCAAUUCGAGUGGGAUAUCAAUGACCCGCAUAAUAGCCCCGAAGAAUUUGCUGCGCGAAUGACGACUGAUCUUUCUCUUUCGGGCGAGUUCACAACGGCAAUUGCUCAUUCCAUUCGCGAGCAGUCACAAUUGUUCACAAAGUCGCUUUACAUCGUUUCACAUCCAUUCGACGGACGGCCUGUUGAAGAUCCGGACCUGAAAGCAUCCUUCUUACCUUCACCACUCACUUCGUCCUUUCGGCCGUUCCAGGCCGCCAAGGAAUUCACACCCUAUCUCUACGAACUCAAUGAAGCGGAGCUUGAGAGGACAGAGGUAUCAUUUCAAAGAGACCAGAGGCGACAAAAGCGGUCGGUCAAUCGUCGUGGUGGCCCUGCCCUGCCCGAUCUCAAAGACCGCCAGCGGACAAUUCGCACGUUACUUGUAUCGUCCGUUAUCCCGAACACCGCUCCUUCGCUGGAAGAGAGUAAUGUGUUCAAACGAUCAGGUUCGAGCCGUCGCGGACGUGCUGCGGUUGGUCUGCGAGAGGGAGGUGAUGACUCGGAUGAGUCGGAUAGUGACGAGUCUUCGUUGGUUGGUUCUCCUGCCAUUGGCCCUCAUCUGGCUCAAGGCACGGCGCGCACGAGAGGCAUGCGAGGAGCUGCUACUGCAGCACAUGCGGCUCUACGGGCGAAUCUGGGCCAGUCGGCAACCCCUGAACCUCAUAAUGAAAGUCGAGUCUCGGCACGCAGGCGUGACUAUCGCGAGGAAAGCCCAGAAGAGCCGGAAAAGCUGAUCGUGACGCUCAAAAUAUCGCGCGAGAAGUUCCGGCAAUUUCUCAUGAACGGCUACAAAACCAACUCCGCAGCCGUUAAUUCUACGCCUGCGACACAGCCCGCCUCUCAACGAAGCACGCCACAGGUUCAGACCCCAACAUUGAAUUCUACUCCUGUUCCCUCCCAAUCUCACUCGCAAGCUCGGUUACCUAGCGCCGGUCGUCCGGGUCCCAUCCAACACCUCGGGGCUGUGGAAGCUCCUAAUCCUCCUCAGCCAGGUGUCCCUGGGCCCCCCCCUCCGAGUUGGCUCGUAGCAGGACUCAAUCGACUCAACCAGGCAAACCCGAAUGACUCUUUCGAAGCAGUGAUGCGGUACACGGCUGUAGAUACGGAAACCAUGCAACCCGUCACCCACUCGCAGGCUCAAGCCAACCAGAAGUUGAAAUUCCUCUAUCUUCCACGCAUCAGGUGCCACGAUUGUCCCGGGAAACUGUAUACACCUGGCCCUGCUACGACGGUGGAUAAUUUUGAGGUUCAUCUUCGAAAUCGACAACACAAAGAACGUGUCGAAGAACGGCUCGCGAAGGCAGCAGCGGCUAGCAACGCGGCCACAUAAAGAGGGCCUGCAGGAACCAGUUUCUCCCCUGGCUAUCCUCUUUCUACCCACCCCUGACACGCUAUGUAUACUCCCUCUUCCUCCACCUAUGAAUACCAAUUCCUGAUCUCGCAACAAAACUCUCUUAUUGACACCAAACAUGUGUCUGAUUAUAACAAUUUUCCGUUUCUUUUCAUUUUGGUUCUGGUUCUGACUCCGGUUCUGGUUCUGGUGUAUAUGAUUCGUGAGCGUCUUAGUGGCCUAUGCUUGUUCAAUACCUACUCUGGUGCCUUCUGCUUAUUUCGCUGGCUCGCAACUCUUCUGAGGUUCUACCCACCAUAUGUAACAACAUCCCGCGUAGACAUGGCUACCAUCUCCGUACGCAUACCCUUUCCCAUCUAGGUUCUUUGAAUAUCGCUUGGUCCUGGUAUUUAGGUUGCAAUGAAGUUGCCUGACGCGUGCGUCUC